AUGACAUUGUUUUCAGAUGUUGAGUUGUAUGCAUUGUCAGCUGCAGAGUGUAAUUGUGUAGAUGUGUGCUCAGUCAGUCUUGUAGAGCUCUCAUCAGGGAGAUCCACCCUUACUGAGGCCUUCACUCUAUUCAAGAGCUGUCAAUGGUGUGGCGGUAGGCGUUCCUCCAAUAUGGAUAAUCUUAUUGAAGCACACCACGCCUUCCUGGUCACAAAUUUGCCAAAUCAUGAGUUUCCUACCAACAAAGUGCCUGUAUCACCUCUUGCUGGUGUAUACGUGGAGAGGAGAAGAGCAUCACCAUGCAAAGCCCUGUGUGCCGCGGACAGCAGAAGCACCUGUGCUCCAAGUGAUGAUGAAAGAGAUGCCAGCUUCAGCUGGUGGUGUUAUGGUGUGGUGACGAGUGGGUCUGAUGUGGUUGGAGCUGCCACCUCGGUCUCUGCUCUCACCCGCGCUCACUUUCUGCAAUCUGUGAUAUCGAGCUCCUGCUUCCAGAGGUCUCUGGCGCUGCCCGAGCUGCCAUCAGGGCCUGUACGCUGCGUGCUAUCCCAUUCUCCGUCCUCUACUGUGGCAGACUCGACAACAAGCUCGUCCUCUGGCAGUAACAUUGAUGUACUCCUCGUAGCACACUCCUUAAGCAACGACCUUGCCAUGGCCCCUCUCAACAUUCCCAGCCAUUCUCAGUGCAACACUGAAUUUCAACUUAGCUUUAAUUGUGCUGGCGCCAAGCCUCUCCUGCUCAAGGUUACGGCUGCUGCUGCUGCUCGAGAGCAGCAGGAGCAGGGUGCCUGUUUGCAGAAGGCGUCGGUGCCGGCGUGGGGCUGUGGUGUGGCCAGCAGGUAUGGCUUCAAACACCGCCUUGGCGGACCAGUCAAUAGAUGGGGCAUCCCUGUUGGAUUAGGCUUAGCGGGCGGUGGCGAAACUGCCGCCGCGAAUGGCUGGGGUGGCGGUGCCACUCAAGCCGCUGCUGGCUGGAGUAACCAGUCCAGCAGUGUACCUAGCGGUGCUUCCCAGUGGGGCAGUGGCAGAACACCAGGUGGCGCAGGCUCUUCUGGUCCUCCAUCAGCCACUGCAGCUGGUCUGAAGCAGGCGCCUGCUGUCUCCAGCAGCGGCCAGUCGGCGGCCAACCUACCACCACCAGCCGGUGGUGGUGCGGGGGCCGCGUCAAGCACCAGCAACUGGGGCGCCAACAAGACCACUAACUCGACGGAAGCCAAUAAGAGGCACAAAGACUUACAGAACAUACGCGAUGCUCUGCUUAGUUACGAGGGCUGGGGUGGCGAGAACGUCAAUCAAGACACCUCCUGGGAUUUGCCUGCCUCCCCAGAGCCCAGCAAGGACGCUCCCACACAACAGUGGAAACUAGUCAACAACGGCACUGAGUUGUGGGAGAACAACCUUCGCAACGGCGGAGCCCCUCCUCCAAAGCCCCAGCAGGCCCCUUGGGGCCACACCCCCGCCACCAACUAUGGCGGCACCUGGGGAGAAGACGACGACCAGAGCGACACGAGCAAUGCCUGGAACCCCGCUGGUCCUCCUCCUCCUACUGGAGGACCGCAGCCACAGUGGCCCAACGUGGCUGCUGCUGCUGCCGUGGCGGCCGUCGCCAAUGCGGGGCCCAACAUGUGGGCCCAGCAAAAGAAGCCCACAGACUGGCAGGGCGCUCAGCCUGGCUGGCCUGACCACGCGGGGCCUCCUCGCGCUAAUGUGGAGCCUGGUCCUGACGGAUGGCCUCACGGCCCUCCGAAGAUGCCGGGACACAUGCCACCUCAUGCCAACGCCCCUGUCGGGCCUCCCGGAGGACUGCACGGCCACCCUCACUUGGGGCCGCACGGCAUGCAUCCCGCAGCGCAUGUACCCCCACACGUGGGGCACCACCAGGGCCCCCCUGGUCGACCUCAUAACGCCGCCGUCCACCACCUCAAUGGCCCCCCGGGCCCUGGAGGAAUACCCGGUGCUGGUGGCGUCUGGGGCGGCAAAGACAUGUCGAAAGUGGGCGGCGGGUCAGGCUGGGAUGAGCCUGCCAAUCCGGCGGCGAUGUCGCGUCGCGGCGACGACGGCACGGCAGUAUGGGGCAACCCCCAGCAGCAGCCCCAGAGCAACGUGUCGCGCUGGAAAGAGCAGCAGAUGCAGAACAAUCCUGCUGCCAUGAUGGCUGCUGCUGGUCUGCAGCAACAGCCCCCGCCGCCACAACAGCAGCGCAUGCCGCCGCCUCACCUCGCUGGGCCGCAGCAACAACCACCGCCUAAGCAGCCGCCCACUCCCGGCCCUGCCAUGUGGGGACAUCCUGGCCGGAAUGGGAACUGGGGUGAACCUCCUCACGAGGCUGCAGGAGGCGCAGGUGUGUGGGGCGACGACUCCAAGUCCAGCAGCUGGGGCUCGGCUGACCAAGCCUCCCCGUCGUGGAACAACAAACCUAAAAUUCCGCACGGUGGCGCUGGGGGCUGGCAAGACCCCGACAUGGAUGGCAUUGUGGCUCAGUACAAGCAGGUGCACAGAGGGAUGACCAAUAAAGAUUUAGCUAACAUCAAAUAUCGCAUCGAAAUGGCGUGCAAGCAGAAGGAAGAAUUGGACGCCGCCUUGGGGCGAACUGCUCUGGAGGAGAUUGACCGCAACGCUGCGGCUGAAAUGUGGCGCAAUCCUCCCCUUGAUGAGCACGGUCCCUCUGCUGCGGCUGUUGCGGCAGCUGCUGCAGCAGCUGCUAAUAGUGCUGCUGCUGCUUCUUUCCAUGAUCUUGGUUCGUCGAAUAACUUCAAUCAGCACCGCUUCCCGAACACGGCAGUUGGUGGUGUAGGAGCCUCUGGUCAGCAGCAUCCUUCUCACCAAAUCGGUGCUGCCGUUCAGGGUGGCGGGGCGUCUGGAGCGAACGGCACCCACGUUCGGGCUCUGAUGCAGCACAUCCAGAUGGCCGUGCAAGCGGGCUACCUCAACCCUCAGAUUCUAAACCAGUCACUCGCACCCACCACGCUCGUCCUCCUCAACUCCAUGCUCACGCAGAUCAACGCGCUGCAGAAGCUCAACCAGCAGAUGAACUCUCUUCCGCCACAAGCACCGCAUGCCAACAAUCCCACUAUUCUGCAGCUCAAUGUUCAUAUUGCUAAAACCAAGCAACAGAUCACAAACAUUCAGAACCAGAUCGUGUCUCAGCAGGCUCAGUACGUUCGCCAGCAGCAGCAACAGCAACAACAACAGCAACCUCAACAAGCUAUGGGUCCCCCCAAGCCUUCGGUGGGACCACCUAACGACUUCUACAAGUCAGCCAUGCUGCCUGACCAGCUCUCUGCUCCAUUCGGCCAAAUGAACCUCGUCGACCAGCUCAAUCUCGGCGUAAGAAUUCAGCAGCAGACGAUGCCUCAGAACAGCCGCCUGAACAAGGAAUGGAAGUUGCCGCCCUCUGAGGCUGACGACGUCCUCACCCCCGACUUUAUGCGCGCGCCAGGCGCCCCGGGCAAGCAACCGCCUUCGCAGGCCCCCAACUUCUCACUUGGCUUCCCUGGCAGCACGUGGUCGCAAACACCGAGCGGCCGCGACAGCAGCGGCUGGCCGCAGAUCAGCAGCAGCGCCGGUGACGGCGACAAAGGGCCGUCCAUCCUGGACUCGUGGGCGCCGGUCGGCUCACAGACCAACGUUGCUGAACUCGAUAUCAAGCCCUUCGAGCCUGGCAAACGCUGGAUGACGAAAGUAAUCGAGGACGACCCGACCAUCACUCCGGGCUCGGUGACCCCAUCACCCCUGCUGACCAUGACCAAAGCUUCCAGUAGCAUACCGUCUGAGCUUCCGUCUCUGCCACUCACCUCUUCCACGUGGUCGAACAACCCGCAGCAGCUUGGAGGUGGUGUCGAUGCUGUCAAGAAUGGCAAGUCAAACGUGUGGAGCGACGCCUCCUCCUCUUGCCUUGCCAACGACAUUUGGAACUCAAUCGGCACCACCAAGCAUGGUGGAGGAGGUCCUCCUGGACUGUCCUCUUCCUCUUCCAUGUCGUGGGGAGGCCUGGGGCGCCCAGCCUGGCUAGGGGACCAAAGAACUUCGCAAGCCAACAGUUCAAGUGCCUUACAGCAGCAGUCGCAGAGCACCUGGCCUCUGCAGCCGCCGCCCUCUACUUGGCUCAUUCUCAGGAACCUCACUCCGCAGAUUGACGGUUCCACUCUGAAGACUCUGUGCAUGCAGCACGGACCCCUCGUCAACUUCCACUUGGCUCUGAACCAAGGCUUUGCUCUCGUCAAUUACGGCACCUGCGAAGAGGCCUGCAAGGCUCAAGACAACCUGAACAACUGCGUGCUGAUCAACACGACGAUCCUGGCUGAGUUUGCGAGCGACCACGACGUGAAGCAAGUGCUGGGAGGGCAGCCCGCCAAUAGUGGGGGUAGUGCAGGGGGCCAGUCCACUCCGGGGGCCACACCCCUCAGCUGGGGCAACAUGACUUCUGAUCACCGUGGUUCUACCCCAACCUCAUCAGGAGGCAAAGUGGACACUUGGAGCACAGGUGCCGGUAACCUGUGGGGCAGCGCUGGUGGUAACACAGGCGCUGGAUCUCUGUGGGGAGUCUCGUCUCUCACCGACUCCGCCAAUGAUCCUCAACAGCGAGCCACUCCUUCUUCACUCAAAACCUUCUUGCCUGAUGGGCUGCUCACGUCUGAACCUGGCUCUUAAGUGGGCAUUAUGAGCCAAGAUUUAAACGCUCGCGUCGCGGUGCGCUUCUUUUUUUUUUUCUUACUCCGCUGUGCAGCCGGCGCCUCCAAUCAUUACGAAACACAGAACAGUUUUCAGGUUAUCUUAGGGCUCUGCUUGAGCGGAUUCCUAUCAGCGGCUUCGGCUCGCCCCAAGCAAUUUUCUUAACUCUCGGCUUGUGUUGAGAGACUUUAAUUAUCCAGAAUCAGAUUGGAUUUGCCAAAAGCUGUGAUGAUAACAUAUACCCUUAUUAUAAACUACCAACAGAAUUUUCACUGAGUGAGCUUACCAAAGUUGUUAGUACAUUUGAACUAAUCCAUAUCUUUGAUAAUGAUUUGUACGAGGUUCGGUGUUAAGGAGCGUUAUGAUUUGAGAGGCAAGGGGGCAUGACAAUAAUAAUAGAGAAGUAUGACGCACACUAGGGAAAGCAUAAAGACUUGACGAGAUGUUCCUUUGCUCCCUUGACUUGUUCCUUCUUCUCUCCAUUCUUCCGCGUUUGUACUUUCGUCAGGAUUAGGGCGAAGUGAACAUUUAUAAGCAAGUCAAACUAUUCUGUGGUGAGACAACUUGCCUUACAGUACUUGCUUUAUGCUCCCAACAAGAAGUAAAGAAUGCAAACCACAAAACCUUAGGUUAACAGUGAAGCUACAGCUCAAUUCGAUGCUCUCCUUGUCUUGCGCGUUUCGCCCUUGUGGUUAUCAGGUGUCAAGACCCGAGAUUCGUUCCCUGAGCUCUAAAUAUUUGUGCUGUGAAUUAAAAAUACAAAUGUUAAAUAUUACUCAAGUUGAUUAUCUGCUCUGAUUGUUUAUUUGUUUUGCAUUAAUGUUUUUCAGUUGAUUAGCGUUUAGGAAUGAUGUGUUUAAGGAGUGUGCUUGUGUAGUGCUUAAUUGCUCUCGCUCGCGCUGCACUAACAUCCUUGUGGUCGACUUUAGGCUGCGCGCGCAUGCAAGUGUUUUGGUCGGUGCGUGGGUGUUCUGUGAUCGCUUGUGUUCACCCUGAACCCCAUCCAAGGCAGCGUUACGAAGGCACUUCUUGCUGCGCGCAACUGAGGUCGACAGUGGUGAACCGGCAGCGCUGACCCCGACUGCGGGUGUGCGGUCAAUUGCUGGCGCUAAAUGGUAGAGCAGAAGCCCUCCUGAGGAGUGGUGACCCAGUGACAACGAGGCUCCAGCGCCGCGUGCUGCGAGCCACUCCGAGAUUACUGCUGGUCUUAGCUCUUAGAAGCCAAUAAUGUCUUAAGUCUUUCUUGUCUCUUCUAGAAUUCCUAAGGCGAGUAGUAAUAGUAAAUAUGCUAGAUCCAGUCCUUAAUUGAACAGAAUAUACUUACCUGUAAUUUGCGCGUGAUUUUACUAUAUGUACCAAAAGAACUAAAUAAGUUUUAUCUAAUGUUAAGGUAUGAAAGUAAUAUAAGACUUUUUUAGUGAUAAGCAAUGGAUAAUAAUGGUACUAGUUGCUAACCAGUAAAUGGAUUGAUAGCACUUAUAGUAGCGUGAUAAUGAGCAUGGGGCACCUCUCUUUCGUCACCAGGUCACUGGGCAGUCAAUUCGAAGCAACUUUUGCGUUGGUGAGUUCACUCGCGUGCUCGGCACUUGCUUUCUUUAGGACUAAUAUUCGCCGAUAAUCUGGCGCAUCUUUCUCCGAUGAGUUUCGUUCAGUGAUGUUAGAGCUUCUUUUUAAUCGCUUCACAUUGACGCUGCAGCGGUGAUGAUUUUAUACGAAUGCAAGGCCAAUUCCUCUGGUUCAAACGGGUUGUGUUAACAUAGUCAAGAUUCCUCUUUGACUGACGGUUUUUCUGGCUCCGGAGGUCACAGCAUUUUUUUUUAUCGAGCCGGCAUUUUAAUAGAUCGAUGUGUAGCUGCAUGCGUCUCAACAUGCAUGGUAAGCGUCGCCUCAAGUCUGGCCUGGCGCUUGUUUGAUGUGGUGUGAGCCUCAGAGGUGAGGGCCAGUCGAGCGGAACGGACCGCAGGCAUGAUUUGCUUGUUAAUGAAGGUCAAGUUCCACGGCCAACUACUUUAGCCUUGGCUCAACAAAACUUGCCUGCGAUUCCAACCUGUGACCUGCAGCCACAAUUGAGCCAUGCAACAACUCGUGAAGGCGGUGCAGAGAAUCGCUCGAGUUGCUCCUUGUAUUAUUACCAUUGUGUUGCUUACUCUGGACGCCUUCACUGUUGCCUCUUAAGGAAAGACACAUUGAAUGUUAGGUGUUUAGCUCACUUCUUGUUGGUGUAUUGCACUCAUCGUCUUCUUCUUCUUCAAAUUCUCUUUCAUAUCCUCGUUAUGCUACCGUGUCUAAGCCUCGUCCACCAACCACUCCGCUCUCUUUUGCCCUUUAAAGUAUUCCAACUGUGACUUUUCCACCAGACUACGCUGAUGGGUCCAUGCUCAUUGCAGUCUUGAUUUAAGAUAUUAUUUUACUUCUGGAAUUAUGCGCUUUGUUUGCGGUGUAUAGGUAGUUAUUCUGUAGGUGUUCAGAUGGCUAUUGCAAUGCGGUCUGUUAAGUGUUGAAGAACCUUCAUCCCUUGACGCAGAGGUGCUCGUGCAAUGACGCUUGUGGUUGGUGGUGAUCUGUCCAUCGUAAUUCUGCAGUAUUCUUGUUGUAUAGCAUUGAUCCUGUGAAGAGUAUAAAGAAGUGCCACUCAGUAGUCUUACUCCCCACCAUAUAGUAACUGGCUGGCCGAACUUAUCUCAUCAUAACAUUCUUACGCUCACUCAUUUCCUUUCUGCUAUUCCUUAUGAUCUUGGCUCGAAUUUUGUUCUCAUUAGGCUUCGAAUUUUGUGCGAUUAAUUAUUUUUACAGUGUUGUGUAGGUGGAGGCGUGUGAUGAGGUACUGCCUGUCGUUUGCUGUUAUUAUGCAAUAUCUUAUUGUUAUUCAUAUUAUUCUUAACCCAAACCGAACGACCAGCCUCUCCUUGGCGAGCUUCAAUAGCGUCCUUCAUUUGCCAACACUGUGCCCAUGUUCGUAGACUUAACGUUAAGCUUCAAAAGAUUUUAGGUGUAAAUUGGAGGGAAUCGAAAUGUUUCUUCCUGGUGAUACUCAUGAGCCAUAUCAAUAUUGUAGCGUGGUGUGGUGGUGCUAGUGUUUUCGUUUCAACGCAUCAAACGUUUCACUGCUCAUUGACUGAAAAGUUUCUACAUUGACCUUCUUAAAACAUCGAGCCUUCUUCCUUCCUGCCGUUUCGAAACGAAAGCGCAUUUUGUGACCUGUAUACAUUACCACUGACAAUCGUCAUCACUAAAGAAGCGCUAAAUAAUUUACCAACUAGCAAAACACAAACAUUUAGGAGACACGCGCAGCGCCCCCCACCCUUGUGGAGCCGAGUGGUAUCGGCUUCAUGGAGUACAGUAGCUUUUAGAGGAGAGCCAAUCCUCGUAAUCAUUGGUCUGCCAAAUAAAGUAGCAUAAGAUGCUCUUCUUCUAUUGCUCGACGAGCGUGUGUGUUUGUUUUUUGGGUGGUGUCGGUCUACUAUCAUAGCUCUACUGUACAUAGUGUGUGAUCACGACGAAUGCCUCUGGUGCUCAUUGCUUGCCGAGAUGCUGCGAUUAGCUCUUCUUCUUUGGUAAAGCACUCAUCCAUCUCGGAGCCUUGCCCUGCUAUGAUAUUAUUAGGUCCGGACAACGGCGGUGUGUGUCAUUCUUUGUGAUUCCAUUGUAGUUAUUUAUUGCAUUAAAAUAUUAAAAAUCUAAAAAAAUAUGGUUAGGUAUUAACACUUCCAGAGUUUUUUUCGUGAGAGAAGUACUGUGUGAUUUUUGACCAAGCAUUAACUAGUGUUAAGGUACGGAAGUGUUAUGUGUUAGAAAGGCGCUUAUGGUCUUGAUGACGUAGAUAUUUAGUCUAGCAUGUAGUGGUUGGGUGUCGUUUUCUUAUAAUCUAGGCCUACUGUUGAGCGUUGUUAGUUUAUAAGACGAGAAGCUUUUUCUGUUUCUCGUAAGAUUUUGGGCAGUUGAAUUACAGCACGAACGCAUGCAACAAAUACAGGGUUCUCUUGUUUGUCUCGAGCUCACAUUUGUAUUGAUGGUAGUGAAGCCAGCCCCUGCUUGCCCAUGACACGCACGCUUUAGUGCGCUCACAGAACAAUAACGCUCAAAGCGACGUGUGCUUAGACAUCGUGUUCGACUGAACUCUUACUACGUCGUUUGAUCUGAUCUGAAUUUUUCAAGAGUCGUCAAAAUAAGCGUAAUGAUAUAUAAUGGCUCUCAAUUCUUGCGGCCCCGGAACACGUUGAUAAUGCAGUUAGCCUCCGAUUGUUAAAUAUACUUAUGACUUUUUCCCAACCGAAUUAUUAAAAUGUGAAUAAAAUUCGAAGUGGCCGAAUUUUUAUGCGAUUCUGAUUCCUUUUUAGGCCUAUGAUUGUCAUUUUAAUAGGUGAUGACGGUAAUUGGUCUCCACGUGACUUUGAGCUCUCCCUCCAGAUCGAUGCAUCAGGGUGUCAAUUUCAGUUUGAGUUGCAAUGAGUUUUAAUUGUCAGCGAACUUCGUAAUUAGAGGAAUGAUCUACUGCGCUUUGUAGUCUUCUGCCUCGGUGAAGUGUAGUCUUGGACAGCUAAAUUGCUUUGCAUUUUAGAUGAUUCUUGCUGACGAACGUCACGCGAUUUGACUUCGAAUUUGCCUUAAACCCAUACGGCAAAAAUGUGAAAUAAAGUAACAUGAGAAUCGCUGCUCAGAGCUGUGAGAGGAGCACGCCACGUAGCAGAGAUGGUCAACCCGCUACAACAGUCCGCCAACACCUUAUGGUUUUUAAAGCAUUCACUGCAAAUUACACUCGAUAAGAUUCUCGCCUUUUACCUUGCUAUAUUCGUGUAGAGUGAUAGUAGCAGAUGGAAGUCUGUAGUUUUUGUGUCUUCUGUACAUAGUUUUGUGCUCCUGACUUGACCAUCAGCGGGGGCGUUUGACUUGCUGCGCUCAUGUUUUGGUGACGUGUCGCUUCAGGUGCUUCUUGUGAGGACCUUUGUUAACGUGACUUCCUUUCCUUAUUACCUCCUAUCAUCCUUAUUGCUAUGUACGUUCAUGCAUCAAGAACAGAAAAACUUUAUUUAAUUUAUUCUUUAUUUGUGGGUAAGGUUAUCGUAAGGUGAUUUAUCAUAAGUGGUAUUAUAGUUGAUAUUCUUCUGGCGCUUGUUGCUUGAUUCUGGCUGCUCGAUGUUAAACGCGUCUGCCACUCGAAGUAAGUUUUUGUUGUGAUGGCAUGUGAAUGCGUGCAAGAUAAUCAACUAGAGGAGUGGACUGCGUCACCGAGCACUUCUGGUGUAGCGGUGUAGGGCUCGUGUCUAACAGACCACGACUCGCUCAUUAUGUGCAAUAUGGCCGCCCCAGCCUUAGUCUGACGUUGCUGCUUCUCUCUCAUUUGCGAGCGAGUACUCACUAAAUCAUCAUUAUCGUCAUCGCAUUCAAUUAUUCUCUCCUACGACACGCUCUUGGUUACCGUACUGAGAAUUUGCGCGUUUCUUGUGUCGAUUGCUUACGAUGAUCCUCCGCCUCAUGUCUCGCUCUGCGUUACUUGGCUCGAGGACAAACGUCGGUAAGAGCAUCCUGGCCACACUCAUUAUGGCUCCAAAAACGCUCUUCGCUGUAAUUAAUAUUCCUCACCUCUUAGUGGGACAUAUGUGCGUUGUGUCAAAUAUUCCUCCCCUCUUAGUGGGACAGAUGUGUGUUGUGUCGAGUGCCCGCGAGGCGGUGACGCUGUUCCGCGGUCACUAGAAGCGACCAGCAGAGCAGACCUUGCCAUGGACGUGUGGCCUGGUAAGAAAGUUACGACCCACCAAUGGAUCUCUUGAGUUCGCUCGAUCUAGUGAGGCAUCUCGUCGUGUCGUUUGUUUUGUUUUUAUAAUGUCUUAGAGACUAUUCGUGUCAUAAUUGAUUUCGCUGAUGAACAAUAAACGCUGUGUGAUUUUUAUUAGUUGGCUGCUUGUUGCCUGAGUUGGUGAUCAGCCGAUGGCUGUUGAGUUUGCACAGCUCUUCGGGUCGAUACGAAGCCUCGCAACCCUCGACGUUUGCCUCUACCCAAUGUUUCGCAAUUAUUUAUAAUUUGAUUGAAAUCUCAAUUGUGUGUUUCCAUUUCAAUGUGUAAUGAUUUUCAAACGUGCUCCUGAUGCCUUGCUUUUGGUUGAAAUUUCUGCGACACGCCUCAUUCAGUUUAAUAUCAAAUUCUCAAAGAUCGUUCGUGCCAUUGGCCCCAAUUGCUUGUUAUUUCUCAACGAUUGUGUCUAAAAUUUGACCAGUCAAUGAAAAUUGUCAAUCAAAAUAGGCAAUAUUGGUGUUAGGGCUGAUAAUGUGUGCCAGUUGUGCUUAGUACUGCCUGUUGCGCCUUUACUUCGAGUGCACGAGUUAUUCUCGCCACGCUCCCUUGACGCUUAUUUUGUUUCGUUCUGUUUGUUGAUAUUUUUAACCCAAUGCAUAACGAUACAAAUGUUCUCAGUCAGUAAUCGUAGUUCCCUUUAUUGUGAUCACUUACGAAAACGAGUCAAGUAUUAUUAUUGCUCCGUAUAUUUCCUCUUGACUAUUAACUCUGCUCAUUUCCUUUGUUGUCUUAUCUGAUAUUGCUCAUUGUUGCGGCACUGACAAAAUCUUGGCUUUAUUACACGUGUGCAUUUCUGUCUCCUUGUGUUUCGUGUUUCGUGAUCCAAUGUCCAUCGAACGUGCCUCUGCCAUCAUCUUGAGACUUGAAUCCUCACGCUCUGAGUGCCUCGUCUGCUGUGUAAUUUUUUAUUAAAUAAACUCUGUGAACUUCAUGCAAUAUUGUGUCAUUUCGUGGCGCUGUAGCUGAGGUAUCUUCCACCUCCAACACACACAAGUGUUUGGUUUGCGUUACAGUGUGUCGGAGUGCCAGUCAGCAUCUGCCUUCAUUGAUAUAUCAGCAUUAUAUGCUCACCCUCAUCGCAGCAAAAUCAUACUCUUCACAAUGCAAAUACGUUUUGUAUGCUUGCGUAGUUUAUGAAAAAGGAUUCUCCCUUGAGUAUAUGAAUGACAUUCGUUCGUAACGUAUCUUUGAUACUGGCUCAUACAAAUAAUUCAGGAACUUAUUCUUCAUGUGAAAUUUGCUUCAAUAAACAAGCAGAAGCGUGCGCUGGGCUGAUGUGGUGCCUCGAUGAUGGCUUCAUCCUAUGUAGGCUCGUGUCUGUUUCUUGCUCCAUUGUUUGUCUCGUGCGUAAGUGGUUGGUUUUAGUUUAAAAUUUACUCAAAUUUGCGUACUUUGGCUAUUAUAAUUAAGUGCUAGUAGAGUUAAUUGUUAAGCUUAUAUUUGCACGUUCUGUUCUUAUCUUCUAUCGAUUCUGGUGGCGCUGCUAAGCUCUGCUCACACACACAAAAAACUCCUAUUUUUAGCCUCUAAUACUAAGUUAAUAUAGAUUGCCUAAUAAAAAAUAGCUAAAAACAAUAAUAAAACAAUAAAACGUGUGUGAGCGGCCAAUGGCUUUGCUAUUGUAGAAUUGAAGCUUGGUUUUAAGGCGCGUGUCGUUGUCUCUGACUGAUGACUUGGUUGUGACACUUGUUGCUAGUUUACCCUGUGUGACGCGUAAUACAUAGCGUUACUGAUUCUGCUAAUAUUUGGCAGAACUGCCCGCAAAUCCUUAUAUAGACUCUACUGGAGACGAUUCAUUCUGGCCAAUUGCAGCUGUGGAGCCUUGAUACUUCCGUCUUUGUGAUUUUCUUCUUAAACUAUUUGCGCAUUUUCUCGCCUGCAGUACCGUGCAUUUGCUUACGAUAAAGAACGCGUGUAAACGCUGUGAACCUACGACCAGCGACAUAAAAGCCGAGCUGCUACCGUGUUGCCGGCGGGGGCGCCCGUGUCCAAAGUAAUUAUUGAACGAUGCAUGACUUCAGGUGUUGCGUACUCGCCAUAUUAUGAUGAUGCAUAUCUGCAUGUGGAUUGUUUUAUUAGCUCCAUCUCCACAGCCAUUUGUCUCUCCAAAAAUGUCUUUAUAAUAAUAAUAAUAACAAUAAUAUUAGUUUAAAUUAGAGCGCAUAGCAUUUUAGUCUAAAAAUGUACAAAAGGUGUGCUGUCAAGUGCACGGUAUGGGUAUGAGGCUGCUGCUCUCGUUCGUCCAGUGCAGCUAGUCAGUUAACAGCUCUUCCUAAACUUUUGAUCACAAUAAUACGAUCGAAGUUUGUUUUUUCUUCUUAAGAUUUAGUCCUUUUUGUUCGGUUUUAAAAGCAACGCCCUCGUUCAACUUUGAGAAUAUUUUUAGAAAGAUUUCUUCCUGAUUAAAAACGUCUGGAAUAACUUCUCCGCUACUUAUUUUGGUGACGUCCACUCCUUUGUUGUACGAACUUCCAAAGCACGCAAGGCUUUCUUCUACCUAAUCAUCCCGAGUGUAGUUCCUGGUCAUACUUUAACGAGGUUCAAACUUCUCGAACUUGUCUAGCUUUAAAAAAUAGAGCCUGCAAAUCUCUUAAAACGAGUCGGGCUCAUUUAAAAUAACAUCUUCUUUCGAAUUUAAAUUUUACCCUAAUCUUGAAAAGACAAAUUGUUCCGCUUUAAAUCGAAAGUGAGCUUCGUGAUCAUAAAAACUGGUCGUUGGAACAGAACGCUCGGACGUGACAAUGACUUGACUAAUCUACUGUAAUGCGAGCAUAACGUGUGGUGAUGGCGUUGUGUGUUAUUAUUAUUAUUAUGCACAUAUUAUCCGUGUCUUGGCAACGUGUGAUACUUCAGGGCAAGUGCAACGUACAUGUGCCUUCUGGUGGUGCUGCUGCUGCGGCCUCUCUUAUAGCAAAAUAUAAUCUCAUUUAUGUUGCGUGCGGCUCUUUAGGCGGUGCUGAGGACACCGUUCCUGAUUUGCUCAAUGCAAGUUUCCUGGUUCUUUUUGCCUUACACUUGAUUAUAACGGUGUAUCUUUUUACUGCUUCAUUUCCACUUGAAGUCGUCACUCAUUCCCCUAGUAAAGGCGUUCUCGUCUCUCUGCCUUGAAGCAAGAAGUGCAAAAACUAGCAUUCAUUAUGUGGUCGGUUGGCGGCACGGCACAGUUAAUCGCAUUCCUUGUGAGCAAUUACGAUAUCGGCUUCGCUUUAUUUUGAUUUGUGCGCUUGGUUGGUGUGUCGCUCGCAGUAUCCAGCAGUAUUACCGCAUUUGCUCCUCCAGUCAAUCUCGAUCCUCCGUAGUCCUUUAAAAAAUUGUUGCUCUCUUUUUUUCUGUGUAACGUAAUUUCGUUCGUUCAGAUUAUCGUGUUGGUUCCUAAUAUAUUCCUGAAUCCUUGUUAACUUUUUUUUAGGAUCUCGAGGAAUUGACCGCUUAUCAAUCCCCUCGUAUCCGUUCCUUUGUGCGUUUCGCAUGACGCUAAUGUAUAAUUUUAUUUCAAUAUCAUCUGUCACGUCGCUUGAAUUUCCUCCACAACUGUUCGAGUUCUGUGAUGCAAAAGAUUUUUUCAUCAGUACUCGAUUGCCGCUGCUAUGUUCCCCACUAAGUGCGGGCUUUUUCUGGGGGUGUUGUUGUUGCGGGUCUCCGCUUAUAUACUGAAGUGUCCAUGCAAGCGUCGUAAACUCGCCUGCGAUCUUGUGUCUUCUUAACCAAAAUGCAAGGCCUGUCUUUAGUGCCAGACUCGCUUUGAUGUUCCAGUCGUAAUGCGCAGCUAAUAAAUGAUCUUAAAAUAUUUUAUUGAACGUGUCCACAUUGAGAUUUUUGAGAUUGAUUUCAUUUUAUUCAUAGUUUGCAAUUUGUUCUACGCAAGUAUUUAUGUAUACAGAAGAGAAAAAGUGUAAUUUUCCUCUUUAAUUUGAUCUUGAAAUUCUCUAUUUUAGGCUUAAUUUUUUUGUUUUAAUGUCAUAUUCCAGUUGUAGUAUUUUAAUUAUUCGUUUGCGUAUGAUACUCAGUUUCCCCAGUUAUACUUAUCAUUCUUUCCUGAUUCACUAUGUAUUCUUGUAUUUUGUCUGAGGCUUGACUGUCUCAGAAUUGCUUAUUUUAAGCUUGGGCAAUAAGUAUAGACGAUGUGCACUAGUAUUUUUGACUCGCACUUGAAAUACACUCAAUAUUUGCGCGUAUCCAAGAUGCCUCUGCUAAUAUCCUGUCGACUCCGUGGUGUCGCUCAAUCGUCGCCGAGGAGUCAACAAUAAUCUGAUUUCAAAUGCACAAAUGCGGGAGCAUUUGAGGUGGCGUAAUUCAUGUGUCAAUAUUGAUUAUUGUAUAAUUCGUCAUAUGCUGGGCCGUUAUUUCAAUGAACUAUUUUCAACUUAUGGCACCUCAAGCGUCGUUUUCACUUGAAAAAAGUGAAAACGACGUCGAGCGUCGUUUUCAAGAAGAAAAAAUUUCUGUUAUAUUUGGAGCUUCCACCAUCAGAAGAACCAUUCAGUGGUGAUGUGACUCAUCUUCUAGUAAAGCUUCAAUGUUUUCCGCUUUAGUGUUCUGGCUUUUAGGUAUUUGUUUGGAUUUGAGCUAAAGCAUUCGACGUGUCGUAUUCUUUCAUUUUACGCUUAUUUCUAUUCUAUUAAUAUAAAACUAUUCAAUUUUCUGUCUUUCCUGCGAUUGUGUUCAAAUUUUGCCCUUUGUUAGGGCAUGAUUCACAUAUUAGUUCCUUACUGACAUGUGCGUAUGCUGAUGGAAGUAAUUUGAAGGCGGGAUCGAAGUGAGGGAAAUUCCAACUAGGGGAGCACAUUUGUACCCUACUUCAGUUCAGAAAAUAAUUUUAUUGCUGUGAAAAAAGGGACAUUCAGUAUUCCUUAUGCGUCACAUUGAAGAGUGUCUUAUUAUUCGGAUUUUAUAAGUAAAUCGCUGAAGCCUCGCCGAGUUCAAGACUAAAUUCUAAGCUAUGCUUUUUGAAGCCGGUGUGUAAGUUGUCGUGAUUGCCAUGACGUGUGACGCGACUGCGCGACUGCGUGCCUAGGGACUAUCAUUUGCCCUGCCGAGCGCAGCUCUGCUCAUCCACGUGUAUAGCCAAAUGUCAUUUCUUUAAAUGAAAAAAAUUGCUCAUAUUGUGUGAUCAUUGUUGAAUAUCAUGAAGAAUUCUAUGUUUACUUCGUUCUGCCUUUGUUAAGCUAUCGUUAACUAAAGGAUAUCUCAGUGUUGUCACAGUCGCUCCUUCCAUUCGUUACGUAAGAGCCUUGGUGUCAAUUUGUUAGGCCAGCUUUGAAUUUACUUUAGUGACAACGCACCCGGUCCUCUACUAUUAGUAUAAAGUGCCUCCAUCAGGUUACAUGUGGUGCACAGCCAAUUUUCCAAAGUUAUUUAUUUUGUAUUAUCCUUUUAAACGCUGGUGAUUUGCUAUUCAAUGCCUAGUCGAUUGUUUUCUUUGUUUUCUGUUGUUGUAGCGCCUAAGUGCUGAAUACCAUACUGCCAGUACAAAUUAACAUACAAUAAUGAUAUUCUUACGAGAGAAUCAUCCGUGAGUAAACUCAUUUCCUUCCUGUACUCGAGUGAUUUAGCCGAGUUUCGUUGAACAUAUUGCGUACAUGGGUCGGGUUCACUUCAAUCGAUCAGAUGAAGUUUUAUGCGUCUCAAUUGCAACGAUGCUUUCCUUGCUAAAUCCUCCACUUGUCAGAGACAACAUUCUGAAGCUUGCUGAAUUUAACUAUUUCUCGGUGGACAUUCCGCUCCUGAAUUUACUCCUGAUCGCUUCUUAGCAUCGGUCACAUAUUGUCUUGAAUGCUGCGGUAGGUGUGGGGCUGCGGCAGCGGAUUCCAUUUACGUUUGCUUUGUUGAUAAAUUCAUUUAGCUGUCCAAAAACAUGAACGCUUCAUAGAUUCCAAUACUGUUGUGUUCAUUUGAAUAAAUACUAAUAAUCCCCAGCUAUUCCACGUAAUACAAAUAAUUGUUCAGUGAUCCGUGCCCGUAAUGCUAAAAUUAGGCUCUGUGUUCGAGCUAAUCAUGCGUGCCCACUGCAUCUUGAGUGGUGCUUUGUGGUUGUCCUUAGAUGUUCUGCGCGCCAAUAUCUCACUGAGGUCCAUUUGAGGCAUCAAUUCAGUCCAUUUAAAUUAAUGUAAAAUUUUGACGAAGAAAACUCGCUGAGAUGCUUCGGUCAAUCGAUUAUCUGGUGUAUACACUGAGUGGUCACCGUGAAGCUCUGGUGUAAUUACUGUCGUUUCCGGACCAUGGUUUCAUGUGACCGUUUCACCUACUCGCUCUGACCCAGCCUCAUUAUUUCCUCUCCCCUAAGACUGUAUGUAUGAAAAACGUCGCAUACAACGAAACUCCGAGUCAUUCACUCGACUUACGCGAUACGCUCUGUGUUGUAUCAUAGAUCUCAUCCUUGUCCAGUCAUUAAGUGCUAUCGUUUUGAGGGAUUUCUCCAGCCAGCAGCGUGUUUGAACUAACUUUCGAUACAUUUUUCAAUAUUUCUCGCACUACUGAAUUAGCAUGAAGCGUUGAUUUGCUACAUUGUCUGCCGGUUAGGCGAUACGGCACUGAUGCCGAAGGUCCGUUCGUGUCGCUACCGCCUCUUUGAGGGCAUGCGGCAUCUAGUCAAGCUCAUUGGCAUUCUCUGGCUAAUGAUGGAUGACCUAGGCUCCUUCAUACUUCAUAUAAUCGGCGCUUUCUUUACUUCCAUAAACUUGCCAUAUUUGCUUUACUCUAGCACCCAGAUUCUUUUUCUUCAAGGUUUUCAAGUAGCUUAUUUGAAGCCACGAUGGAAAAUUUAGUGUUAUUCAGUUGAUGUAGAAGCAAAUUAUUGUUCUCUCGUGUUGACCGCUGCGCACUAGAUUGAUGCUCGUUCCUUGUAAUGACAUGUGCGUUAGCGAUGCGUUUCAGUUUGUCUCAACCUGGAAUCAUAAUCGAAUCUUCUCAAAAAAGUGUCUAACCUACAUAAAUAUUGAGAUAAAACUUGUUAUUGAGCGAACAAUGUGUGACGUUAAGCUUUAUCUCUUGCAUGGGCGCGCACCAAUGCGUGUCAUCGCUAGGACAUUUCCACACGGUGUUGUCUUAGUGUUAUUGUUUUAAGCUCCAAACUUGCUAUGUGUACGAGACUUGUGAUAACCGCUUCCUUUCGGAACAUCGAUUGCCUGUAUAUCUUGCUGUUGGUUUUGAAAUUUAUUGUCAUGUGUUGCAUGGUUUAUUUUUGAAGGUUUAGUUGAUAGUUAUUACUCCCUUGACUUGACCGCUGUUGGUGCUGCGAACCCUACUUACGUAAUGUGUAGACUAAAUUUGGUCUCUAACUUACACUCGUAUAUCCUUGUUUCGUAUUAUGACAGAAACUCCUGCAAUAUUUGAUCUGAAUUAUCGUUCGAAUCUUAACCCGUGUUUGCAGCAAAUGCACCAUGGUCCAAACACAACGUUUUUACUAUAUUUUAACAUUUAAAUAGGAUUUUUCUUGCAUAAGUGACUACAUCAUUUUCGGAUCUACUUGUGAAUUGGAAGUCCCAAAGAGCAGCGGUUCUGCUGCAUGCGGUGCUAAGUUGCGAGUCAGCAUCCGACUCGUAAUGACGCACUGUGAAGACUUGUGUGCACAAUCUCUUGUCUAUGGACGCUGUUAAAAUGAAGUGUCUUUACCCGUUAGUGAUGAUAUAAGUUGUGGGCCUUGUACCUCAGUACUUAUUCUUAACAAUGAAUUGCCUCACUUUUCGAUACCUCAUAUUUUCUAGUGUUGACCUUGUGUCAUGUUUACUGAUGUACUGGCUUAUUCUAAGGAUGUUGUAGCGGGAGAGCUCACUUUGAUGCUUCUCUCGUCCAGCCCGAAAUGAGAUGGUCAGCCCUAAUUAAUAAUUGGUCAGCCCUUAUUAUUAUAAGUAUUUAGUCAAAAGUUAUGAUCAAGUAUGUGUAUUGUUUGAAAAUCUACCGCCACUUUGAUUUUAAUUAUGUACAUCCAAGUUCUCCGUUUAGAUAAAUUUUUUUCUUAGGAAUCAGUCUUCCUUUAAUUGCAUUCUUAAUAUAUAUCAGUCAUUAGUAAUAAAAUUUAAUAAAUUAAAAUAACUGCAAUUGUAUUCUGAUUUUAAACUAGGGUUUUUAUUGGAGAGUUUCUCCAUAGGCUUAGCCUAAGUUUUGCAGCGAAGGCAUUUCCAUCAUCUUGUUCAAAUCACAAAGAGCUGUGAGCUUAAGCAGUUUCGAUUCUCUUGAUAGCCUUAUGUAAGAACAGUCGAGUUGACGUGGUAUAGCAUGCAUGCACGUUCUAGAAUCGGUGCGGCCAUUCAGGGUACAACAAAGUAUUUUAGAAUCAAUGAAAACUGUGAUGAAGAUUACGAUGGUUAUGUUGAUGAGCUAUCAGGAUAUUCGUUCGGUGCCAACUGUCGCUGUACAACUCGAGCUCUCACUACAACUUCUUUCCGCGUACCAAGUGACUCUUUCCAACUACUUCUUCUAAUCACUACAAAUUCUUCCACUAAGUGAAUACGUUGGUAUUUGCAUCCUGUACUUCUUCCUCGUGCUGCUUUCUUCAUGCGCGUGCACCGCACUUGCGAGUCUUCCCCUCCUGAACAUUUCUCUUCUCCAUUAACCCUCAUACAAAUUGAACAAACAAAGGCCGUGUAAGCUGUCGAGCUGCAUGCAUUUCUUAUCAAUAUUAUGGAUCAAACCACGUAAAAUGUAAAGCAUCAAAAGACGUGUACACGUGCACGUCUCUACGUUGUAUGUAUUGUUUGUGUGAGUAUUCUGAGCAAUAAGAAUGACGUGGUAUGCUACUGAGGCGAUAAUUUUAUGUGUCGGAGCUUUGCCAUGAUCUGAUCCUGAGUAAACCGAUUACCGCCGUUGCUUUCUUUUCGUCCUGUAGUCCACACUUCUUUGUAAGUGAUUCAUUUUAUAUCUUAUUUAUUAUUAUUGAUUAUUGAUAAUGCCGUUAUAUUCCUGAACAGAUAACUGUCUCGGUAUUUAUUGUUAAUGGUAUUUUCAUGACUCUAAAAUUAUUGUGCCCACCUAUUGUGCAUGCGUUAUUCAUUAUACGUUCUCCUUCUUAAGAAAUAUUGUAAAGACUUAAGUAUCUUAGUGAGAAAUUGCUCUUAGUCUUAAAUUCGGGAUGGUUAUGGUAAGGUAUAGUGCGCAUUUGAUGCCCCAUACAAAUGUAUGUUCUCUGCACCUAUUUUCGGUAUAGAUUGUUCUUGCGAACACUAAACUGAACUUGAUAAUUGUUUGCUCUUGCUCAUCGCCAAAACCUAACUGGCAUUUAAUUUUAACUUACCUUAUGUUACUAAUAAAAAGUAUUGAUUUGGAAUAAUUGUGUUGUUCAAGUGCUUAUGGUACGAUGCUUGAGCGGGCAUUGCGGCCAGUGAGGCAGCGAAGCAACCGCCUGUGGUGCUGAUUAUUGUCAUGUGGUCCCGCAGCAUAAGUCUAGCCCCUUGAAUGAUAUUUCCUCUAAGUGAAGCAGAACUUGAUGGUUGCUGCUAGUGUAGCAGGUGCCUUGUUUACUAGCUGGCACACGUGUUGAUGCAGGUGCUACGGCUGCUGCAGUGUCUAGCUAACGAGCUGUACUGCUACUGUGCUCCGUUAAUUAGUUACUGUACAUCUUUUGCUCUGCAUGCGACAAGAUGCAACUCGUAGCUUGCUGUGACUUAUGACCGCGACCGCUGAGUAUGAGCGCCAGUGUCUUACGACUUGAACGUUAAAGUGUGUCGGGAAGCAGCCAUGUCUACGAUGCAUCUGUGACAAGAAGUUCAUUUUGUUCGGUCUCGACCAAGUACCCCUUCCGUUACUCUGAGAUCGACAAAAGAGGCGCUAUCCACCCUUUACUAUGCACUACAAUAGAGUUAAUACAUCAGUUGUAAGUUUAAAGGUUAGGUUAUUUUGGAGUCUCUUUUGAAUUAUAUAUGAUAGAUAUAUAUAUUGCUAUAAAUAUUUAUAUAAUUAUAAAUACAUCUAUAUAUUUGAGAGGUGAAACUUGUACCAUUAUGCUACUGUGUAUCGCACACUCGCUGGUGACCUUAAGUCCUGCCAUCAUGAACCGUAUUAGCCUUAGUAAUUCUGCUGAGGGUAUCCCUCUCUAUAUUUCUGUACUUCUCUCUUCUGUACUUGAAGCAAUCAGAGACAUAAUUGGCCCUUCUUGGUUAAAAGAAUUGAUAUUAUGUCACGUAUGAUCAUAUGCAAACUACUUAUCAAAUAAAGCUAUCUUUAGUGAUCAUCACUUAUGACAGCGAUUAGCGGUACAUGGGACGAGAGAAACGUUUCUUGCAGCUGAUCGCUCUUGUUCCCUGUUAUAGACAGUUGUUGCCUGGCGUCUAGUAAAAAAAGUAGAAGCAAGCAUAUAGAACUUCAUUUCGCGUGAUAGUAAUCACGACAGCAUUAUUCAGAGGCAGUUUUCUGUUAAAUUACGUGCUGUUGAAUCAAUGGUAACUUUUUCGAGGGAAUUCUUUUCCUACGUUCAAUGGCAAUUACAAAUUCGUAAUAGAUAUCCUCUACUGAUCAAGUGGUGCAAUUUUCCUCCCUCACAUAGGCAUCUUAAAAGCUGUCUUGAGUCCUGAAAUUUGACUGGUAGCUUCAUGCAUAAUUUAAAGGGCUUCUCACUUUCUCUGGCAUCACAACCAAUAUGUCUUUGGACAUUUCGUAAGGCUCCUAAUCUUUUUCUUGUAUAUUUUAAGGUAUUUUUUAGAAAGGUAGAAAAGCCCGAACUUUCUCGUGAGCGAAGAUCGCGUUGACAAAGUUGCAACUCGUCCCUCGUCACAAGACUGUUCGUUCUCACGUAGCCAAGGAUCCAAUAGUCGCUCUAUGAUAUCUCUAUCGGGUCAAGUUCGUGCCGUCGUCAUUUUGACGUACGAGAGCUGCCAGGCUUUCAAUAGUUGAGACUGAGGCUACAUUUAUUAUCAUGAGCCACGAUGUCUGAGCGCACUAGAAGAUCUUUGGUCGCGCAGUCUAUAAUAUCUGUGAAUCUUGGUGUUGAGUUUGUCUGACGUGCCAUUCUCGUUCUUCUUGAUGACCUGCUCAUGAUCAGUAUACCGACUGUACCAAAUGAAUCGACGCUUCUAUUGUCUUAACUGGCUAGCAUUUCUGCCGCAACCGACUUACCGCCAGGAUAUGGUGGUAAUUACUGGUAUUAUUGUCGUGCUUACGGGUCAUCAAGGAGAGCUUCAUUGGUCACUGAAUAAUUUUCUUAGUAUUACUUUGGUACUGUCAAGAAGAGAGAGCAUUGGUGAGCUCGUUGCGGUUGAGGAGUGUGAGAUGCUCUAGCGCGAGUCUUGUCUGUAUAAAGAGUGAGUGCGCCUCCCGCCUUGCAUAGGUAAUAGGGCAACGCUUGGAUGUGAACCGCCAGUCUCAGGGCUGCUGUGGCUGUGGGGGGAUGUGUGGUGCCAUCGCUGCAGCAGCCUCCUGCAUAUCUCCACUGAUUCAUGGGAGACUUUCCGCUGGUCUUCAACGCUUUUAAUGAUUAUUAAUAUUAUCAUCAUUUACACUGGCUAUACUUGUAUUGAAUGUUCCAAUAUGCAUAAAAAUAAAUUUGGUCUCAGUGUUUCCACU